UGUUCUUGUUGCAGGGUUCCACUUAAGCGGUGUCGUAACCGCUGCUAGAACCACCCCGUCGGCCACAUUGCCUUGUGGCGCGCCAGAACCGCCACAUAAAUUUAAAGUUUCUGUUAGUUUUGAUAGGUGUAAAAUAACUUCCGUAACGUGCACGUGUGAUACAAGGGACAUUUUUUGGUGUCAACAUGUCGUCGCGCUGUCUCUGUAUCGGAUACGGAACGCUGAAAGUGUUCGACUUAGAGUUCCUAUAUCUGAAACGCUUCUCCAAAUGGACCGGCAGCAAUUGCAGAAGUUCGUUCAGUACCUGAUAGCCGAGCAUCACACAGAAGUGCUUCCUACAGCUCAAAAACUAGCCGACGAAAUCUUGCAGCAACGUAGCGAAAUUAAUCAAAUUGCUGGAGCACCUGAUCCUACUGCAGGAGCUGCAGCGGACGACGCCCAUUCAUGGCACCUAGACGAAAACCAAGUGUGCGAACAAGUGCGCUCGUACUUGGCCCAAGGAGCUUACUACAAUGCCAACAAGCAACUGAACUCAUUAUUUUCAAAAGUUCGGGAAAUGCUGCGUGCCCAAGACUCCAACGGAGCCCGUAUGCUCACUUUAAUCACCGAACAAUUCCUUCAAGACCCUCGAUUACAGCUGUGGAAAAGUCAGGGCACUCCGAUGACCGAUAAGUGCAGGCAGCUGUGGGAUCAAUUGGGUUCCCUGUGGGUCUGUAUUGUACUGAGUCCCGGCUGCGCGUCUCUGGAAAAGAUUCAAUGGGAGACGCAACUAAGCAAAUGGGUGCAAGUUGACGUUUGUCCUCCCGAAGAUCCUGAUUUUCGAUUGCAAGUGGUCGGAGGACAAAGAGAUUCGUAUUUGAAUAGGGAUCGUGAUCGUGAUCGGUAUUGGUACGACAGAGACCGUUACUCGGAACGAGAGCGAGAACGACGCGAGCGUAGAGAUCGCGAACGAGAGAGAGAAAGAGACAGAUGCAAUAAUAGAGCGAAUUAUGCGUCGUCGGACAGUUCCAGUGACUCGGACGACGAAGAAGAGCAACCAAACUACAGUCCAAGAGGUCACAAGAGACUCAGACUGUCCACCAAAGGCCACAACAAACCUUCAUUGCCUCGCACCAUUUUCCACCGGGCCCUAGACGCUGUCGGCAUGUCCUGGGACAACAUGCACUUGAAAAACAUCCUAUCAAGUGACACUUAUUGUUCCCACGUGCCUGAUAAUUCCAGUUAUUCCAAUGGCAGCUUCAACUCGCAGGGGCAACCGUUGUGGCAUGAAUCGAUCCCUUGGUGCGCUGCUAGAGUAGACUCGCUACGCUCUCACGGACAUUCUGAAGCUGCACUGCGAUUAGCAGUGUCAGUUGUCAGGACAAUGAAACAGCAGCAGUUGCAAGCCCAGAAAGAGUGGCACGAAAGUCAGCAGCAAAAGGCCAGCACCAGUAGCGCACCCAGCACCAGCCAGCAACCGAAACCUUGCACGUCGAGGUGUCAAGGCAAUUGCAUGACAAACUCUUGUUCUACUACUAGUAUUAAUGCUCCGGCCAAUCCAGACGGUUGGGAAAAAGCUUGUAAACAAGAAGACCGCCUCAUCGCAAAACUCCAAGAAAUCGAACUAGAUAACAGCCUAGUGGCAGUUCUCCGCCGCCAAGCCAUAAUCCUUCUAGAAGGCGGUCCCACAAGCGGCCUAGGCAUCGGAAUCCAUCCGGAAUCAAUCCCCAUGCACACUUUCGCUAGAUUUCUAUUCCUGUCUCUUCUCAACUACUACCCGGACUUAGCUUACGAAGUGGGCCUGCGCGCUAUGCGACUACCUCUAUUAGAAGAAGGCGACGGUGAAGGUGGCUCUUCAUCAUCGGGGGGCUCUAGCGGGGCCGGUCCCCCUGGGCCGGGCCGGCCCCCACGUUGGUACACAAUCGGUCAUAUCGAGGGUCAACAGUGCGCCCUGAGCAGUACCAUGCUCAGUGCAGCCAAAGGCGAAGUAAUGCGACUCAGGACCGUGCUGGAAUCGUCGCAAAGGCACAUACACAGCUCCUCGCACCUUUUUAAACUCGCGCAGGAUGCAUUUCGUUUCGCUACUCCGGAAAACGGACCCAGACAUCCGACGCUUUUGAGUGUGGCGUUUGAGUUGGGGCUGCAAGUUAUGCGCAUGACUUUAUCUUCGCUCAAUUGGCGCAGACGCGAAAUGGUGCGCUGGCUGGUCACCUGCGCAGUCGAACUCGGAUUAGAUGCGCUAGUGUCGCUGAUGCAAAACUGGUUUCAGUUUUUUACUGCUACCGAAGCUGCCGGGCCUGUCGCUACAACUAUUAUGUCACGUGGGACUAUGUUGCGGUUGCAGCUUGGCUUUCAGCAACAGGAAGAAUUGAGCAGUUGUGCUAGGACUCUUGCUUUACAAUGUGCCACAAAGGAUCCACCGAAUUGUGCCUUAAACGCGCUCACAUUGUGCGAAAAUGAAGCCUUGGCCUUCGAAACUGCUUAUCAAAUAGUAGUGGAAGCUGCUUCACACAUUAUGACGUCAUCUCAGCUCUUCACAAUCGCCCGGUAUAUGGAGCACCGUGGCUAUCCUAGCAGAGCCUACAAGCUAGCGAUGCUUGCCAUGAAAAACGUCCAUCUUGCCUACAAUCAAGACACCCAUCCAGCCAUUAACGACAUCCAUUGGGCCAUGGCUCUAGCGCAUUCUCUAGGCAAAACUGAGCUCGGCCAUAUGGUACCGUUGCUGGUGAAAAACGUCCAAUGCGCCACAGUACUCAGUGACGUACUGAGACGAUGCGGCGCCUCAGCGCCAGGCGGUCCUUUAGCACCUCAACAUCCGGAUCCUAAACACGUGCCACAUAGGACGAGGUGCUCGGCGCCCGGACUGAAACCUCUUUCGUUUGACAGGCCGCCGUUGCGGCCUCUUUUGGAAGCUGCCGUUGCCGCGUACGUCAACACGACGCAUUCGCGAUUGACGCACAUCUCGCCGAGGCAUUACGCUGAUUUUAUUGAGUUUUUGGGUCGGGCGAGGGAUACGUUUGCGUUGGCUCACGACGGACACGCACAGUUCGCCCAACUGUUAGAAAACAUGAAGGUUGCCUAUAAAGGCAAAAAGAAAUUGAUGUUCCUGGUAAAAGAACGGUUUGGCUGAUGACAGUUGAAGAGGUGCUGCGCCCACGUGCAGCUCCGACACUACAAGGGCUGUUGUUGAUUUAAUUUGUUUUUGUGCAAUAAAAUUUUUUAAUUUUUUUUUUUCCAUUUGGCAACUCCUCUAGCAUCUCUUAAAUUAACUAUCAAGCUUUAUGUCUGUGAGAUUUUUGUUUGUUAUAUUUUUUUUUGUACAAUUUUAGACUGAUUUGAUGUCGUAAUUACAUUAUUUUGUUGCCCUUUUUGACAAAAAAAAACAACCAAUUGAAACCAGAAUGGUUGAAUUUUUGUUGAAAUUAUUUAUUUAAAAUAAUUUUCUAUAAAACUAAUCAGAGGGCAAAAAACCGAUCUCAAGAUUAUUAUUGAUUUAGUAUUAUGAUGGUAACAAAUAAUUUUUUUGUUGCAAAUUUUGUUGUUAUUUUUGUCUCUUUCCUACCAAAGAUUGUUUAAAUAAUUAGAAUGUUUGUAUUGUAAAUAAAUUGCGCCAUCUUUUUGUGUACAGUGUGCAUUCUCAUAAUAUUUGUAUCCUUGAAGGAUUUUUUUCAAUGGCGAGAACAAAUCUUUGUCCGUUUAUUUUUGUAUAUAGGUAGAUCAAAAGCCAAUCGACAAAGAUUUCAAUGAUGCUUCCUUAAUCCAUACAAUGUAAUCGAAAAGUAUUAUUUAUGUAAAUUAUUAAUUAUUAUUGUACCAAAUACUUUUCGAUUUCAUUUAAAUUUUGUAAGUACAAUUAGUUAGUUAUUUUUAUAGGAUUAGAUUUUGUGAAAAAUAAUGUUCUACCUCUAGAGAAAAAUUGUUUGAGGAUUUUUUCAAAUACUCGGCAAUUGCAUAAAUUGUGUUAGUUAGCUGAAAUAUUUUUUGUUCAAUUUUUUUUUUUGAUUAUGACGUUUAUUUAUUUAUAAAUAAGAUAGAGCUGUGAUUUUACUAUUAUUUUUAUUUUGUAAUAAUUGUUUCAAUUGAUAUUUUAAUGUGUAGAAGGAGCGGUGGCAAUUGUUCCACUUAUGUACUUGAGUUAUUGUAUAAAUAUACUACAUUGGAAUAUUACUGUAACAUAUUGAGAAGCAAAAAUUAACUUCAACCCUGAGUCCAGCAUAUGUAAUACAUUUAUACAAUAGCUUGAUUACGAAAGCAAAAUAGUCGCUCUCGCCCUGACUGAAAGUAGGAGUUUUUUUGUUUGUUUUUGAACAAUUCCUGUUCAAUGAUCAACCAGUGCCACCCCCUCCUGAAAUGUAAAUUAAAUGAUCGUUAAAUUGUAAAUAUUCAAAUAAAUAUGCCAAAUAAUAAUUUUUGGCGAAAUCGAUAUGAUCAAAAUACCAACAAAACCAUUCCAAACACUUUUCUGCGGAAAAAUCAUGAGUUUUUUUUUUUUGUGUACAAAAAUAUGGUGUAAAUAUUGAUUGUAGAUUAAAAAGUAUCUAGUAAAAUGAAAUUCCUUUGUUUCUUAUUUGUUGCCGUAAUGAAAUGUAUCUCUUAGGAUUAUUUUUAUGAUAAAAAAAAAACCAAUUGGAAAUAAAUAUUUGUAAUUUAAACAUUAUAAGUAGUUUUAUUUCAAAAAUUUUGUCCUUAAAAUUACUGUACAACUAGUUGAACAUAACAAAUAUACCUAAUAAAGUACGUAUAAAAUGGUUAACAAAGUAUAAAAUGGUAAAAGAAAAUACUAGCGAUCUAUUUACAAUAAUUAUAAGGCACCAUAAAAUAGUUGGUAUUAAAAUUAUACAGCUCUGUUGAGAGAAAUUAGAUUUUGCAACAUUGCAUAAAUUGUUUGACCGAUUUUUGUUAAAAAUUACUAUGUGGCAACCUUGUUUCCUAUGGAAAAAUCACUCUGGAGCUACUAAUAAUGUUUGGAUGAAGAAUCUCUACUGUAUAGGUAUUUACUGAAUAUCUAUAGUCGGAUUGUUUUUACAAUUUUUUGAUAUCUCUUCACAUAACCCCUGUAGUGGAGGGGUCAAUUGGUCAAUACAUGGGGAAAGACCCAUGGGUUAUUAAUUGUGCUGGUAACUGUUAGCUUUUUAACUAGAGUUUUGUUAGGCAAACAUUUUUAUCCGCAUUUUACCUAAUAAAAUGAACUUUUGAACUUCCCAGUACUAGGAUGUUUGAAAGAUUCUUAAAAACGUACCAAACUGACCGAGAGGAAAUUUUAUAAACAUCCGUUUUUACUGAGAAGUUCCCAGUCUCCGAGAACGUCUAAUAGAGGUUUUCCUAUACAUAUAGGCCAGCAGCAGGCAAGUAGGUAAUAAAUAAAGGGGGUAGCUGGAAAGUAUUCCGAAGUAUUGAUAUUUUAACAGGUCAUUUAUGGAU